CUUCACAGCAACCAGUCGCUCGUCCAGUAGAAUCAGCGGCUCCACUAGUGAUUAAGAGAAAGAAAAUCACUGUGAGUUGCCCUCACUGUGGAGUAAGUCUGAAUUCAAAAAAUUUAAAAAAACACAUUGAGCGUAAACAUGAAGCCAUAAAUCCCAUAACUUCAACUUCUCAUCUACCAGCACAGUGUGUUGAUAAAAAGAAUGGGAUAUAUGUAGUGGCUAAAACGUUUCGUGGGCCCUGUAUCCCCAUUCAUGUGGCAAAAAAAUUUGGGGCUCAUCACAGAAGGUUAUGUGUGAAAUGGAUGUCUGCAACACAUGUGCUGAAAUGGCACAAAGGAGUGACCUUUUGGUAACACCGUGUGUUCAUCUAAGGUCAGUAGACUACUCCAGUGCUAUUGCGCCUAAUGAAGAUUUAUCAGAAGAUGUGUUAACUGAGAUGGUUGAGCAAAAAUGGUUUGGUGACACAAGGAAAAACCAAUGCCUUAAACAGCGAGAUCAGGCUAAAAGUAAAGGUGCCACAUUUGCUAGCCUUGUUACUAUUGGAGGCCCUGACUACAAGUAUUACAUAUCUGUAUAUGAGCCAAAGGUUUCACAUUACAGUAGAUUGGCCAGAGUCUUGGUUAAUUACAAUUCCAAGACAAACACUUGGCAUUGUCCUUGUCUCAAAGGUAGAAAAUCAUGCCUGCAUAAGAGUAUUGGAAAAUGGUGUCUCUUUCAAAUGAAGCGGCAGCUCUUCACAACGCUGCCACAAGCUGAGGCAGUGAGAGAACCAUCACAACAUGAGGAUGUCAUGAUGUCUGGCCAACAGUGGGAAUAUCCUCCAAAGGGUGAAGGCCUGAAGCAGAUGGUACAAUAUAUUUACCAUAAUAAAAAGCUUCCUGAGACACUAUCAGAUGUUUUUACAGAAGAUGUAAAGGAGGAAGAUAUUCCUAAACAUCUUAUUCCUGAGGAGGAGUUCUGCUCUCAGUGCCCUGGACCUGUUCACCUCAGUGCUCCUAUCCUCAUCACCAGAAAUGCUAAAGUUGCAAUGCUCACUGGUGUAGUGACUGGAAUAUCCACAUAUUGCAAGAAAUGCAGUAAUUGUGGUAUGUUUUACCGAUACCAGGACUGGAUGCAUGGGCUUCACAAUUUUAAUGAUCAACUGCUGCUAACCGUCUUUCUGUGCAUUUUCAUAAGGAAUUCUGUGCAGGCUCAUGUGUCAGUUGGAAGAGUGCGUUCCAUUUUGCAAAAGACAUCACAUGUGCCUUACCCAAAGGACUCAGAGUUUUUUCAUGCAUAUUUACAUUUUGAGGCACUGACCCACCAUGAUUAUAACUUUUCAUGUCUAAAAUGUGGUCAUCAUCCUCCAGUUGUUGUGAUGGAUUUACACAGAAAGGGAGUGUUCAGCAUGCCAGUCAGUGACAUAAGUGAACCACAUGAAACCUACAAUGGUGAGGUGAAUUCAGAGGACUUCUGGGAGACUCUUUCAAUGGAAAGGAUUGCAGCUGGCUUGUUGAAAACUGGGGACAGAAAUCCUUACAAUAUAAAACCCAAUUUUGAAUACUGGGCCCCCUGGAUCGGCAGAUACACACGCAAGGCACCAAUUGUGUUAAACACAGAGUGGCAAAAAGUGCAGAGCACAAGUGCACAAGACCUCAUCACUGAAAUGGACAUAACCGAGGAAAGACUAAGUGAUGAAUUAAUGAAGCUAAAGGUUGCUGACAUUCGAAAACUUUGCAAGGCCUGUGGAGUUGCUACUCAAGGAUCAAAGACUGAUCUUCUAUCCAGACUGAGAGGACAGAUGCAAACCAGAACUGCAUAUGACAAAAUAUUUCAGAAAGUUUGGGGAGCAUCAGGUGGAUGGGCAGUCAUUUUAUGCCCUUGUGGUGUGGUUUACAGUGUGAAAUGUCUCAUCCGUGCUGAAAGUCCUAGAGACUUUUCUGACAUGUUGUUCUCUUGGAAACACAUGCCAAACAUCUGCAUUUAUGAUUUUGCCAGAGGACUGGCCACCCAUUCCAAUGUCCGGAGACCAGAGGCAAUGCCAUUUGCACCAUUUGACGGGCGGCUUGCAGAGGAUACAGAAGACAAUCUGAGGGCUGCACUGAGUGGAACCCUUACUGUUAGCCUACCUUGGCUGAAUGAAAAGAAGUUGGAUGAAGAUGUCAGUUGCCAUCCAGUGACUGGAUCCUCAGAUCACUAUGCCCUAUAUGACAAAUUCCACGAGUCUAAUUCUAAGGAUGUGCGAGACUCACUCAGAAAGAUCCAGCUUGUUCCAGAGUUGGCUGGUAGUGUUAACACACAAGCCGCAGAACAGCUUUUUUCUGGAAUGCGGAAGAAUAACUACUUCCUGAAUAUGAUGUCUCCCACCACUCACAUGUUUUUUGUCAGAAAUAUUUUGCACAUUCAGAAUGAGGAGAAAAACAAAUCAAUGCUGAAAAAAAUCCAAAAGUGCCACUCAAAAACUACUGUGAAUCUCCAAAAAGAUUCGCUUGGACGUCUGGUUGUAGAUAAGGAGAACAGGGGUCCUGAAAGAACCAGACUACACCUGAUUAAACCUACUAAAGCUUGCUGGAGCAAGCCACUGAAUCGAUCACAGCGUAAACUGGUGGCUCAAGCUCUUUCAGUAAGUAAGGAUGAUGAAGUGGCAUAUGUGGGCUCUACAGUAAUAAAACAGAAAGACUUUACAACUCUGACAGAACUUUCUGAGGUUGAAGGAAGUGUGCUGAAUUCCUGCUUUUGUGUUCUGCAACGGAUUGCCCUCUCACAGAAUGUGGACAUCUAUCCAGUUAACAGCCAUGUCAUUGUGACCUGGUUACCUCCUAUUUGUGCACAUCCACUGGACAGCUUACCUCCUGAAAUUAGCAGCAAGGAUGCUGUGGUCUUUCCAUCUUAUGUGCCAGGACACUGGAUGCUGUGUGUGAGUCUGCUUAGAUGUUGCAUUACUUUAACCAACCAUUUGUUGUACAAAGUGGAAAAAGCUACAUUUUGCAUGUUAUUCCUUGAUAUUAUGCAUUCUCUAACAACUUAACACAUGGUAAAAUUUUUCAGAUCAUGAAGCCAAAAUUGAGUGAAUUGUAUUUUCUCAAUUCGCUGAGAAGCCCAGGUUUUGGUGAUGGCACUUACAUUGCCAUAUACAGGUUUUGCCUAGAGUGCUAAAAAAUUAUGUUCUAUGGUUCAGCCUGGUUCUACAUUCAGUUCUGUUCUUUUUUUUUUUUUUUCUGUCCUGUUCUUUUUUUUCCCUAUUUCUAUUGACUUUGUUCUCAUCCUAUAUAAUUUACGAAAUGCACUUUAUUUUACUAAAUUUUAUAUUUACCAAAAUGUUGUGCAUAUUUGCAAUGAGAAGAAAGCCGUGGAAAAAGUAAAGGUUGGACAGUUCCCGUUAAACCUGCCUUUACUUCUAUUUCUGUUUUAAAAAAAAUUCUCCCUAUCAAAUUUUGUUUUGCGGGGUAGUUCUUUAAAACCCUGUUUACUGUUUAGCUGCAUGUAGGAAAAAUCUUAACUUUGUUUUUUUUUUCAAAUGUGUUUUGACAGAGAAAUUGCUCUCAGCCUCUGUCCUGGGCCAUGGACUGAGUUCUUCUCUGAGGACCUUGAGGAUGUUCCUCGACAAGAGUUGUCUUGUAGCUGUGGAGUCUUCACACUAAUGUAUGCUCUCUAUAUUACCCUGGGUGGAACGUUUGACUUCUCAGAGACAUGCCAAGUAUUAGAAGAUGGUGGUCUGCCCUUUUGCUGGAGCUGUUCCCACCAA